AUGGGAGACCUGUCUUCCCCAGACAUCAUGCAGCUGGCAAGGAUAGGAGACAUUUCCGCCAUGGAGAAGAUGUUCGAAUCGACCGAAUACGAUGCUACCUACACAGAUGAUGAGGGCAUUACGCCAUUACAUUGGGCUGCGAUCAACAACCAGUAUGCCAUGUCCAAAUAUCUCAUUGAGAAAGGCGCCGACAUCAACAAGAAAGGAGGCGACUCUGUGGCGACACCGUUGCAAUGGGCAGCCCAACGAUCCAACUACUAUACCGUAAACCUUCUCCUCCAACACGGCGCAGACCCCCUGAUCACCGACGCGCAAGGCUAUAACACCCUGCACAUCUCAACCUUCAACGGGAACAUAUUGUUGAUUGUGCUCCUGCUGCACCAAGGCAUUCCGGUCGAUGUUGCCGAUAACUACGGGCAUACGGGCUUGAUGUGGGCAGCAUACAAAGGCUUUCCGCAGUGUGUGGAUCUGUUCCUGCGAUGGGGCGCAAGUGUACACGCUACGGAUGAACAAGGCUUUACUGCUUUGCAUUGGGCAUUGGUCAAGGGCUCUGCUCCCUGCAUCCUGAAGAUCAUCGAGUACGGUGCUGAUCGCUUUGCCAAGACGGAAACAGGCAAGACACCUGCCACCACAGCUGUGGAUCUGAACACGGUUGGUUCAUGGCACCGAGCGCUAAAGGAGUGUGGAUAUGACGAGGACGGACAUCCAGUGACACCUUGGUGGCCUGGUUCCUCCUACUUCCUCCAGGAUAAACGUGCAUUCAUGAAUCGGUUCUUGUUCUUACUUCCAUCUGCUCUGCUUUGGAUUGAACUGAUGAUCACGGCGCACCUGCCGUGGUUCAUCUCGCUGCCACUGGCCUUUGUUGUGGGCUUUGGGUUCCAAUGGACAACCAGCCAAGUCAUUGAGUAUGGACCUCCGGACAUGCGCCAUCUGCAUAAAACGCCAUGGCUUGCUGGUAUCUUUGCGGCAUCGUUGUUCUGGACUGCCGUGAGUUGGCUUUGGGAUGUGCUACCGGGCACCUUUUCCAACCACCCACUGCUCAACUUCGUUUUUGCCACCUUCACAAGUUUGACAGCCUAUUUCUAUGCGAUCUGCAUGGCAUUCGAUCCGGGCUUCGUCCCCAAGCUCAACGGCAUCGCCGAGCAGAAGGCAGUCAUCGACGAGCUCUUGAGGCUAUGGAAAUUCGACGAGUCCAAUUUCUGUGUCAGCUGCAUGAUCAGGACGCCUCUUCGGAGCAAGCAUUGCAAACGUUGCCAACGAUGUGUCGCAAAACAUGACCACCACUGCCCGUGGAUCAACAACUGUGUGGGCAUCAAUAACCACCGACACUUCUUCCUUUACCUUAUAUCUCUUACCUUUGGCAUUCUCUCUUUCGACUGGCUACUGUACUGCCAUCUGUCUGCCAUCAGUGAAGUGGCAUCGACCGAGUGUACCGUCCUCUCUGAAUCUCUCUGCCAAGUUCUCAAUGCGGAUCCCUACCUGGUGCUCCUCGGCCUUUGGGUCGCGUUGCAACUGACUUGGGUGGGCAUGCUGCUCUUUGUGCAAUUUGUCCAAGUGGCUCGGGCCAUGACGACGUAUGAGAAUAUGUACGGUAUCAAUGACGGUGCCGCUAUGCUGGGGCAUAGCUUUACAAGCACUGGCCUGCCCCUCGACCCGAACCACCCCAGUGCUGCCGCACCGCCGAGCGCUGCCGACGAUCCGUUAGGCAACCGGACCCAUGGCCAUGGGCACAAGCAUGGCCGUGGUUGGGUGCAACAGUGGAGCCGGCUGUUAGGUGUGGACACAUUCAUCGAGACUGCGACGGGUAGAGGUGCUGCCACCGGCAAGAAGUUGCGAAAGAAGAAGAACCCCUAUUCCAGGGGUUACGUUCAGAACUGCAAAGAUUUCUGGUGUGACCCUGCACCCAUCUUCGGUCGUAGAGAGACCGGCGAUGCUAUACUAGGUGGUCAAAAGAUCAGCUGGACGGAGAUGUACGAGAGUCCCGCGUUGAUGACUUCGGCCGGCAGGGGGAGGGGUGGUUAUGAGGCGGUUGCACGGGAAGAGGUCUAA